AUGGGUGGUAAUAAACGAUCUCAGAAUAAUACUACAAAAACAGGCAGUGACGAAGAGAGAGGAAGAUACAGAGAAGAAGAAAGAAAUAAUGAAGAAAGAAGAAAUAACGAAGAAAGAGGAGAUAAUGAAGGAAGAAGAGAUAACGAAGGAAGAAGAAAUAACGAAAGAAAAAGAGAUAACGAAGGAAGAAGAAAUAACGAAGGAAUCAAAGAUAAUGAAGGAAGAAAAGAUAAUGAAGGAAGAAAAGAUAAUGAAGGAAGAAAAGAUAAUGAAGGAAGAAAAGAUAAUGAAGGAAGAGGAACAGAAAAUAAUCAUGAAAGUGAUGACGAAACAGUGUUAAGUCGAAUCAAAUCGCAUUCAAACAUGCUAGCUAUAUGUAAUUGGUUGGAUAAUAAGCUACGGCUUUUAGAUGAACAAAUGAAAUGUGUCUUUCUUAAAGUAAGAAACCCAUCCAUUGAAACCUGUGAUGAUUUCAUUAGAAAGAUAACAGGUGACGAUGAUUUAUAUCAUAGUGAUGAAUCACAAGGAUAUUUUAAACACAUGCGCAAAGCAUUCACUAAUUACAGAAAUAAGUUCAAUGAUAGUAUUCAAGAACUUAUUACACUUUUUAAAGAUUCAAGAGAAAGACCAAAUCGUACACCAUCUAUAGGUGAAGUAAAAGAAUUUAUAACCGAGGAGGUAGUGAUAAAAAAAGUAUUUAGCCGCCAACUUAAUGCCGUUAAUCAAAAGGAAUUAAAACAAGUUGGUAGUCUUGAAGUUCUUGUAGAAUUUGUGCAAGAAAGCUUUAGAUUAUCAUGGCAUGACAAAGACUUAAAAGCUAUUAAAGAACUUGAUCAUAUGACUAAAGAUAUUAUUAUUCCAUCACGAAGUGGUCAAGACAUUUGCAAUCGAUUAAUGUCUUAUCACUAUCUCAAACAAGACAAAUUAGCUAUUACAACCAGUUACUAUAUGGAAAAAAGAAAAGAAAUGGUUAAUAGCAUUCCUAAAAGAAAAAACAUAAGGAAAAGACAAAAUAAACCUUCACCUGCUAGUAUUCCAAUUUCCAAAUGGUGUUCUAAGAGAAAAGAUAGAGAAGAACCCAAUGAAAUAGCUUUAAAAGCGCUUAAAAUAGCUUCUCAAGAGAUAAGUGAGGGUAUUAGAAAAGUUUAUAAAGAUACCCUUGAUAAAAUUUAUAAUAAUAACUCAUGUCCAAAUAGCCCAUUAUUUGGAAGACCAGCGUUUGGUUCCGCGUUUGUACCUUCAUUUGGUUUUGGGAUUGCAGCAACAACAACAGCAACAACAAUAGCAGCAGCAACCACCACAGCAGCAGCAACAACAACAACACAGCAGCAACAGCAGCAACAGCAGCAACAGCAAAACCAGCAGUUUGGUAAUAGAAUUUAUCAAUUUAAAAUAAAAUAG